AUGAAUAAUUACGUUACACGCGCUGCUCUUGGCAAAGUAGCCGAUCAUGUUCAAAGCAAACCAUCGAUUGUCGAAACAGAUCCUGAGAUUCGAGCAGCUAUGGAGACUGCUGUAUCUUCUACCAAGAAGCACUGGUGGAAGAAACGUCCCCAAGCAGAUAUCAUAUUGAGUGCUCAUGAUCGCCAAAUUCUAAGAACAGUCAAGAAGCGAGCGUGGUAUCUGGAUCGUGGAUGCAAAUGUUGUUGUCUACAAGUAGGAUUGGAUGGCGUCGUUGGCUUGAUUCCAGUAGUAGGAGAUCUUAUCGGUGUCCUUUUGGCCUUGCACCUUGUAAAGGUCGCGUGUCGCGCAGACUUACCCAAUCAUAUUAUUGCCAAGAUGCUAGUCAACGUGUUUAUUGAUUUUAUUCUCGGAUUGACUCCGAUAGCAGGUGAUGUAAUGGACGUGCUUUACCAAUGCAACUGGCGAAAUGCCAUGAUCCUAGAAGAAUACUUGUUCCUUCGACGUCGUGAUGAGAUUAGAGCUGAACAUGGUGCUGCAGGCUAUGGAAGUAUCUUUAUUUCCAAAAACGACAAUAACGACAAAUAA